AUGGAAUUUUGGGCUUAUUACACUGCUGCUACUGCAAACAAACCUGAGGCUGAGGAAGUGUGGGUUGUGCUGGAGCAUUUCGUUCGGUUCAAAAAAUCAUUCGACAGUGCAUGUGUUUCUAUCACUUACUUCAUAUCCCCAUUCUCCCUUUUCCUAUUUUCUCUUCCCCCCCACAAGCUCCGUGUUCCUGGGCAUCUCGCCCCGUCGCCCCGCCCCCCACAGUUUUCAUAG